AGCAUUUUCAUAUCCUCCCAAUUGCUCCAUAUCCACAUUCAUCUGGCACUGUUCCUCGGGUUGCCACUCGCCUUUCGCCAUGGAUUGUAACUGUGUCUCUGAUUUGCUACUUGCCCCUCCUCUGCCUACUCUCUGGACCCCAGGGUUUGCCUUCCCAGAUUGGGCCUACAAGCCGGAAUCGAGCCCCGGAUCCCGCCAGAUCCAGCUCUGGCACUUUAUCUUGGAGUUGCUUCAGAAGGAGGAAUAUCACAAUGUCAUCGCCUGGCAGGGGGACUACGGCGAGUUUGUCAUCAAGGAUCCUGAUGAGGUGGCGAAGCUCUGGGGGGUCCGCAAAUGCAAGCCUCACAUGAACUACGACAAGCUGAGCCGGGCCCUCAGAUAUUACUACAACAAGCGAAUCCUGCAUAAGACCAAGGGAAAGCGGUUCACCUACAAAUUCAACUUCAGCAAAGUGAUUCUUGUGAACUACCCACUGCUGGAAAUGGGACACUCUCAGUUACUGCUCACCUCCAACCCAUUCACUAACAGUCACAGCCAGGAGUGCACACCUGUCACCCCCGAGACGAUCCAGAGUUUGUUAACUCCUCCCAGACUUCCAGAGCCGGGGGGUCGGGACCUGAGGAACCCGGUGUUCGAGCGUCCCAUUCCCACCGCGGACGCCGAGAAACUCCGGAUCGAGGCUGGCCUCGCUUUCUUCAGUUCGGGGCCUCCUUAUUACUCCAAGCCUCCAGCGAUGAUGGGAGCCUACGCGAGGAACAGCCACUUCUCCGAGUACCCGUGGCCCCUGCCUUCGUACUCUUCACCCACCUUCAGCCUGCCAGCCUCCAAGGUCUCGGCCCUGUACCCCCCACACUACUACCCAGGCUCACUGUCCAGUGGCCUGGCUCACCUCCCCACCCAGAUCUCCCUGCUGCCCCCCGCUGACUCUGGCGACCGGAGCACAGCUCAGCUCGGCUCGGCCUACUCCCGGCUGUGCCUUGGGCCGAAGGGCCAUCCUUCCUACCCCGCCACCCAGGCCCUUCGGCCUGGCCCCUCGGCCUCUCCCCAGGGUCCCGGGCUGCCGCCGGGAAAGGAAGGGCCUGAGGAGAGGGGGACACCCAGGGCCAGCGAUGGAGGGGUCCCCUGGGUCAAGGCAGAGACGGACUCUGACCUGGAAGUGACCGACAUCAGUGACUCGAGCUCGGAGGGCGAGGCCUGCACGGAGCUGUCUGGGGCAUCCGAGCCUGACCCUUGGCUCAAAACCACCCAGAAACCCAGCCUGUCCUCAGCAGAGCAGCUGAAGAACCUCGUACCCCCCUUACAGCAUGCAGGGGCCAAAGACAGAGAGUUCAGAAUGGGGUAUCGGAGCUGA